UCUAACCUGUUAUCGACACGACUCGUUGCUGCAGUGUAUUUGCAAGGUGCUGCUAAUAGGUAAAUUAAGGAGCAGAACAAAGGUAGCAGGUCAUGUGACUUCCCAGGAAGGCAGUUUAGGGUAAAGGUAGACCUAGAGCAGAGCGCCAGCACAAAGCACUGGCAAGUUAUGGAAAGUUUGUUAAACUUUAUUUAAGGCACUUCCUUUACAUGCUCAGCUGUGUGACUGCAGACUAGAGUGGCUUACUGGAACUGAACUGAAAAUAAUAAAAAAAACAAGAAGGGAAAUGUCCAUUAGUCGAAAGAACUGGUCAGCUCUGUCCAGUCUGACGAGACAGUGGACCGUGGAGGAUGAGGAGGAGGUGGAGCGGGAGAGAAGACGAAGGAUUCGGAGCUCCAGCACCACCUCAGAUCACCCCGACAGCAGCUCCUAUGAACCCGGGGAGCAGAAACCACACAGUGCCCAGGAUCAAGAGAAAGCGGAAGAGGCUGAUCCAGAAAACCUUGCAUUCCUGGAGAUGCUGAAGACACGCGAUGAGCGCAGGAGGAAGAGGCACCUAGAGACUGUGAUGAGGCAGAAGGAGGAGCCCAGAAGUCCGGAGCCAGAGAGAGUGGGGCAGGGAGGCAGGGUGGCCGUCGAGAGUAAAGUCCAGAGAGAGGGACAGGGAGGCAGGCUGGACACAGAGGCUCAGAGAGACUCCAUGGGAGGAGUUCAGAGAGUGUUAAGGAACUCCACAGGACAAGACAAAUCCAGGAUUGAUUGUGCUGGAACAGAAACUGUAACCAACCAUGAACCAGUAAAAACACCGAUAAAAUCUCCUUCCGGGAAGUUCGUGAGCUCCCUGUCCAUUUCCCUAGAUAAGAGUCAGGAGUUCCCAGCUGAGACUAAGACUCUCUCCUCCCCCACCACCCCAGUGGGUACCACGUCCACACCAAGAGAGAGGAGGUUCAGGACUGAGGGGGCUGCGGUGGAGGAGGUGCAGAUCAGACAGCUCCCUUCCAGAGCCACCUCUUUCAGGGUAACGUCAAAAUCCGAGGACCCCACCUCACGGUUUAACAGGAGCUCCAGCCUCAGGAUCCCCUCCAGAACCAAAGAAGAAAAAACGGAGAGAUUACCAAAGCAAGAGACUACACGUGAUGGGGAAUCCACCCCACCUUUCCAGAGGAACUCCAAGCUAAGAAUCUCUUCUCGGACCAUUGAAGAAAAGCUGGAGAGGUUGGCUCUGGCAGCACAGAAAUCGGAGCAGGUGAAAUCUCCUCCUGCAUCUCAUAAAGACUGCUUCCUGUUUGCGGACGAGGUCGCGAGAAAACGGGGAGUGUUUGAAAGAGAGGCGACGAGUGUGGAGAGAAACAGCGCCACCGGCAGGAAGGACAACCUGGACUUCUCAACUGGGAUCUCCGAGCGAAUCAACCGCUGGAUCAGUAAAGCACAGAGGUCUGAGAAAUCUCCUGGCCCCACGGACUUGAGGAAGGUGGACAUCUCCAGCAAGCGCAACCUGUGGGAGAACAGAGCCGAGAGCUCCCCUGCUUAUCCCUCAAAGAGCUAGAGUGACCCUAGGAGGUUCUGCAAAACAACAACUCUUUCAAAAAAUUGAAGAACACGUGAAGUCAUGAAAAGCAUUUAAUGCGAGGGGUAUUCGUAUUAUUUUAUGAUUGUUUUCUGGAUUACUUUAGUGUUUGGUAAAGAGCUAUUUCAUUUUUUGUUUUUUUUAAUGAUAAUAUUUUUAAUGUAGGUUCCUUCUGAAGUGAGUGGACAUUUUUGCACUCUGAUUUUCAGAUUAUAAAAACUCCUGCUCUUUUGUAUAAGAU